CGCAGAAGUAAGCUUAUGGGCGAGACUUCCGGUUCAUUAGCCGCUUUGGAAAUGAAGAAAAACAGCGCGCAGUAAACGGUAAAACUGUUUGCACUACAAACCAGUGUCUUCAUAAUUAAGAUAAUACAUUAAAACAAUAUGGUAAGAGACCAAUUUUCAAUGUCAAGCAACAAAACGAGCUGUUUUGCUGGACGUGGAUGAGACCGGAAGCCAGACCCAUAAAAUUUACAGCCAAAAAAUAAGGUGGAUAUACAUGUAAUCUUAAAAUCACUGGCAUUCAGUCAUUAUUUUACAAAUGUGCAUAUGAUUUUAUUGUUGUUUAACUUACAUCAGAAAUUGAGAAAAUGUCAUCAUCAUGUCUGGUCUGGAAAGUUCAUUAUUCUGCAACACCUCCGUUUCUUAGAAACAAAACAAGGAAAGAAUUUAAAAACUUUCAAAAUAAUUAACUUUCUCCUCUACAUGCCUUCAUUCCAGACAUUCAGCACUAGAUGGCAGUCUGUCAACUGAUAAUGGUUUGUGUUUUGAUUGUAUACACAUGUACAAGGUGUUCACAUCUUCCAAACCUUUUAGGUGUAACAGAUCAUAACAAGCCACAGACCUCUUAAAUUCAUUACAAAUUGUAAACAUGUCUUACAUAGUGAUUUUUGUUGUUUAUUACCGACCUAACAGGUGAGUCAUGCAUUGACUGUAAUAUGCAUGUUAGCACAUUUACAAUUACAUAGUUGUUUUAGCCACUUCCUGUUGCACACAUGCACACAAAGAGCAAACACCUCUCAAUAAAAUAGGUCUAGCACCUUUCCCUUGGAGACAGAGAAAGGUUAAAGGUCAAAGUGUAGCACAGGUCAUCCUAUUCAAAAGAGUUUUCUCCUUCUCCUGCCCGUGUGUGUGUAUAUAUAUUAGUGUGUGACUGUCUGUCUUUUAAUAAGAGUGUUAAAAGAGGAAUUCCAAGUUUUUAUGACCUCAACAAACUCAAUAAACUUUACAAACACUCCAAAAUAGGAGACACACACAGUGAAGAGGUUUAGUUAAAACCUGAUGAGGAUGUUUAUCUCUGUAUCUGAAUGUGACUGUAUGAGAGUGUGAUUAUUUGUAGAUUCCAGAUGGAUUUGAUGGUGGAAUGUCAUGCGACAAGAUACACUUGUACCUAUAUGUGGACAUAUAGGUACAAGUGUGUGUAUGUGUGUGUUAGGGGGUGGGUGUACCGGUGCAUGUCAGACAGCAAAGAGCCGCAGUUAUCUAGGAAUCUGAGCCAAAAGAGCCUCACAAACAGAAGAGAGGGUGCAGGAGAGCGAGAGGGAGGGAUAGAGAAGAUCAAAUAAAAGAGAAAAACAGGAGACGAGACUCUGACGGGCACAUAGUGAGAAAGAAAGACAAUGUGUAAGACGCGAUAGACUGCAGAUGACACUGAUCUGAACACAAGAGUGUAGAAGUGUGAAGAUAAGUAGUACAAAGUAGAUGCCGGUAGAGUAGAGAGAGAAAUAGACAGGGAACAGGUGCAUAAUAUCUUUUUGAACUCGUGUGGAGGCCUGAGCAGCAUGUGUGUGCGUGUUGUGCCAUUGCUUUUGCUGGGAGCAUACGUGAUGUGUGUACGUGUGCUGUGUCAGAGGGACAUCCUGGUGGCCGGGCCACCCAACAGCAGAUGUGAGGGGAGCUGCAGUGCAACGGCAUCACCACCGAAAAUACAUCAGGACUCAAGAGUUAGAAAGAUUCCAGAGAACCGCAAAAACUCACAGGUGUCUGAUAAAUCUGACCGUCUCAUCCAGCUUCAGCGGUGCAUGCUGCAACAUGAUUCAGUGGUUGUGAGUCAGGGAGACGGGUCUGACUCAUUAGUAGCAUUUCUGGCUCUUAUGGCAGCGGUGUUGACAGAAUGUGACCUCCACUGCCACAGUCAGAGACUCAGAGAGAUGGCCACCAGACUUGUGUGGUGGGCAACAACGGGGGAGAAAGACUUGCUGCUGUUGCUGAAGAGUAUCACACACUCUAAACCUAAUGGCCUCAAACCAAGGACUCCUACAGUGCCUCCCUCUGCAGGGCUUUACCCUCAAGACUGUCAUGAGAUCUACCAAUUAGGAAUCAAGGAGAACGGAAUCUACACCAUACAACCAGAUCCGAAGCGGCCAGCGCUAGAGGCCGUGUGUGAUAUGGUUUCAGCUGGUGGGGGAUGGACGGUGUUUCAGCGACGGUUUGAUGGACAAACUGACUUUAACCGAACCUGGCAGGAGUACCGUGAUGGAUUUGGCUCCCCACAGACAGAGCACUGGUUAGGGAAUGCAGUUCUUUACGCACUAACCGCAAAUGGGCAUCACACGCUCCGCAUCACUCUCCAAGACUGGCAUGAACAGACACGUCACGCUAACUAUAACAACUUUAAAGUGGCAGGAGAAAAUCAGAGGUUCCGCCUAACUGCUCGAGAUUACCAUGGUGAUGCUGGCAAUGCAUUCAGUUACAGCAAACAGUACAAUCAUGAUGGCAGAGCUUUCAGCACAUAUGACCGGGAUCAUGAUCGCUAUGCUGUUGGUAACUGUGCCCGUUAUUACGGUGCGGGCUGGUGGUUUGAUUCCUGUUUGGCUGCUAACCUCAAUGGACGCUAUUACCACGGCCGUUACACGGGUAUCACGGAUGGCAUCUACUGGGGCACCUGGUAUAUCCUGACUGAUUAUCGCACAGGGGAGAGAUACUCAUUUAAAAGUGUUGAAAUGAAAACUAGACCAAGGCGGAGCUAAAGAAAAAAGUUUUAUGUGUUUACAUGACACUUAAUCAUACUCUUGCAUUAUGUAUUUCAUUUACAUAAUGGCUUGUAAUUAUAUAACCCUGGACCUGCCAUAAAGACUGUUAGAUAAUUGUAUGA